AUGGGCGCUCCCGGUCAGCAAGACCGAGCCGCCGUGGGCUGCGCGCGAGCCUGGGGCUGCUCGUGCGGGGACGGUCGCUUGGCCGCCGACUGCGUCAACCACGUGGCAUCCCAACACGUCGAGUUUCUGGGCGAGCCGUACGGGCCCGAUGCCACGAGCCAGGCGGCCUUCCCGCUGUUCCCUGACCGGCGGGGAGGCACCGUCACCGAGGAAACCGUCUUCAAGCUCGUGGAGUCCCUUGCCGAGCUCAUGGACUUCAGCACGCUGGACGAUUCAGGCCACCGCUGCUUCGGGGGCUGCGAGUCUCCGGGGCCCAGUGGCUCGCGGCUGUGGGCUUCUCUGUGGACGAGGUCAAGACCUUCGGCAGGUGGGAGUCCGAGGUAG